AUGAAGGUACUCCUCAAUACAUCGCCCGACCCACUAGGAGGACUACCGAUAAAACCAGAGCUACAAACUCAGGAUGUCGCAGUCAAAGAAAUUGUCCACAAGUUCCUCACGGAGUGUGGCACGCAGUACUUCACCGUACCCUACUCUUAUGACCUCCAUGCGUUAUGCAUCCAAGAUGCUAUCAGGCGGGGUUGUGUCAUGGACGGUGAAUUCGGCAUGCAGCACUGUAUCCCUGGGGGCGUGGUGAUGGCUAUGACCGCUUUCGCCCACUUGGAUAACCAAGCCACUAGGAUACUCAUAGCAUUGUACACCGCCUUCUUGAUUUUCCUCGACGACUCGUUUCCGGAGGCCAUAGAACUAGUCGCCAGCUUCAAUUUGAGAUUCAUUCGGAAGGAACUCCAAGGACACGCCAGUCUCGACGCAUUCGCUCAGAUUUUGCGCGAAUUGCCACACCACUUUGGUAGUGUCUCGGCCAACAUCAUGGUUUCAUCGUCGUUGAACUUUGUCACUGCGUUGUCCUUGGAGCACGAGGUGCCAUCAAUGACGAUAUCCCCCUCCGCGGGCUCAUUUUCCACAUUCUCCCGUGUCAUGUCGGGUGCCUCUGAAUGCUACGCGUUGUUCACAUUCCCACCCGAGCUCCCAUUGAACUCGUUCGUACAAGCCCUCCCGGACAUGAUGACAUAUAUUAACAACGGAAAUGAUGUCCUAUCAUUCUACGGGGAAGAAUUUGCCGGAGAAACGUCGAACCGAGUGUCCAUUCUAGCGACCUGCGAGGAAGCUUCCAAACAUGACAUCCUUCUCCGCCUAGUGGCGGACGCGUCAGCAUGCCAUCAUCGGGUGCUGGGCAUAUUAGCUCUACACCCAGCGUCUCUGGAGGCAUAUGGAAACUUUGCCCGCGGUUAUAUUGGUUUCCAUACUUCAACCCCGAGAUACAAGCUAAACGACCUUUUCUGCUGA